CCCUGCAACUGCUCGCAGCGGCGGAUUCUAGCCCAGCGAUCUCCCAUUCCACCACCGGCCCCUCUCCCUCCCUCUCCUCUCUUUCUUUUAUAAUUCGUUUUUUUUUUUCUAUUUCUGCGCCGAACCAGUUGCCGCCCCCUCUCUCACCGUCGAACCCACCACCGAACCAGAAGCGGUGACGAAUCCAAUCGGAUCUCUUCGCCCCCUCCCUCUUUUUCUCAUAUCUCUCUUCCGUCUCUUUCUCCCUUCCAUUGGAUCAAAUCCCCUGAUCGUUGAAUUCGAAAUCAGACUGUCCAUCAUUGGAACCGAACCACAGCAACGACAGCUCUCAGCCCGACAUCGAUAGUGCAAAUCUUUCGGUCGCAACAAUAGCUCAAUUGCGCCACCUCUGAAAUUCGAAGCAACCUGUCCCUGUGGCAUCACCAUUUUCCCAAUCAGUGAAGUUCAGUGACGCGCAUCUGUCAGUUCAGCCGAUUCCCCUGUUCAUCCAUCGUCGAGUUCAGGCCGACAUACAACCCUGGUAUUGCAGUGACAGGUUUGAAAGUUCGGGUACUAAUUUGACACUACCCCCAAAUUUUAAGGUACUAAAGUGCAAUUUUCCCUCUUUUUUUUUUCAUUCGAUUCGAUUGAACCCUCGACUGAACCCUCGUCUCUUUCUCCUAUCUCAUUGUGGAAGGUAAAAUCGAUCUCUCUACGGUUCAGUGAAGGUAAGAUCUUCCCCUCUUCUUCUUCUUCAUUUCUUCUCCUUCUGCGUGCGCACAAAGCACGAAGCUAACAAUGAAGGGGAAUUUAUAUAACGGGAAGUAGUUUGAUUGGCGCUGCAAUCAAAGCUCCACACAUCACUUUGAAGAAUCUCAUCAGGGAUGGAGAACUCCCGUACCUGCAAGAGCUGCAAUAAGAAGACUGUCAUACGUGAUGAGUUCACCGACACCUUGGUCUGUAGGAAUUGUGGUAUUGUGCAAGAACUUGACAAUUUCCAAGCAAGUUUUGGAGGUAUCAAUGGCCCCCAGGGCACCUUUGUCCGUGUUGGUGCUUCUGCCAGUGGUGAAUACAGUUAUAAAGAGAAGAAGCUCUAUGAAGCUGAUAAGGUUAUUGAAGAUAUUGCUUUAAAACUAGGGUUCUCAGCUGCAACUUCUGCAGAGGUAAAACGAAUGAUCCAGCAAAUUACUGAUGAAGAGUUCGGUGGCGGAGAGUGGUUCCUUGUUCUUGUUGGUGCUUGUUCAUAUGUUGUGAUGAGAAAGAACAGCAGACCCCUUUCCAUUGCAGAGGUUGCCUCAGUAAUUGGUUGUGAUGUUUAUGAGCUUGGCCGGAUGAUCUUUCGUGCCGUCGAUUUUCUUGAUUUGAAGUUGCCUGAAUUUGAUAUUGUGACCUCUUUCGAACAGGCAAUUAGGACCUGCCCAACUUUUUCCAGAUUUUCAAAGGAUGUGAUGGAUAAAAUGGUUAAACAGGGAAGGUUUCUUCUGCAGUGUGCAGUUAAAUGGUUCUUGACAACAGGAAGGAGGCCUCUUCCUAUGGUUUCUGCUAUCCUGAAAUUUGUAGCAGAGUUAAAUGAAGUUGAUGUUGAAAUUGAAGAUAUAGCAAAGGAGGUGCAUUCAACAGUCGCCACAUCCAAAAAGAGGCAUAAAGAGCUCAAAGAGACUCUAGUAAAGGUUGCUCAAAAAUUACCAUGGGGAAAAGAUGUGACAGUUAAGAAUAUAGUAAAAAAUGCACCUUUAGUGAUUCAAUAUAUGGAGAUGAAGUCAAGAUUGAAGCCAGGCAAUAAGAGGAAGAGUAUAGAACCUGACUGGUUCAAUUUGGAAGAUGUAACUAAUGAUUCUCAGUACUUUGAGCUAGAAGACAGAAAUAGAGUUCCAUGUUUGAGUUAUGAUGAUGUGGAGAAGCUCAAGCUGUCACAGGAAUGCUUGGCAGGCAUUUAUUCAAAGUUCUCAAAAGAAUCUUCUUACUUUAAGAAUGUAGGUGAAAAUGGUGAGGAUUACCAAAAAAAUAGGAGGAGAUAUGAAGAUCGAGAAAGUAAGGAAUGGUGGAGUGGAAAAUCAGAUUUGAGCAAAAAGCUCUCACUUCAACAGAUUUUGGAGAAGAAUGUGGGGUUUAAUGCCUUGCCUCCAUCUUUUGUUACUGGUAGUUUGGCAUGCAAAAGGAGGAGAGAAAAGAUAGAUGCAGCUAAGCUGCGAAUUGAUGAGAUUAUGCGACCUCCCAGCACUGUUUCAGGUGAAAAGAAGGAUAGUUGCCUUCUAGAAGACUUGGAAGCUAGGAAGCAACAAUGCAAACAAUCAAAAGGAGGUAAUGUUGAUUGGGAGGAUUUCAUAAUUGAACUCCUACUUCUUCAUCAGGUGAGAGAGGAGGAAAUAGAGCAGGGCCAUUAUAAUACCUUGUUGGAGUUGCACGUCUUUAACUCUGGGAAUAUUUGUGAGAUGUUUCAGCAUGGAAAAGGAAAUGGGUAGAAUAAAAAGUUCUUGAA